AUGAUUGGCAUCGGCUGCGGAUUUCCUCAAAACGGAAGCAGUUCAGGUUUGAAGCAAUUGAACUGGGGUGGGUGCGGCCAGCUGCCAGCCGCGGAUGGUUUCGUCCAG